CUCGCGACCAUCAGGAAAAGAAAAGUCGAUCGAGGCCGUGCAAGACUGCGAGAGACGAGAAGCGAUGGACAUAUCACAGAGCAAGAGAAGGACGUGAUCCUCGCGGUGCAGGCGACACCAAUUUCGCGCCGAGCACCUCCUCGAUUGAUACAUACAGUCGGACUCCCCGCCCAACACUCGACGUCGCUUUCCGUCCUCCUCUGCUUCCGACAGUUCUCGCCUCUCACCAUGAAAUACAAGCAAGCCAUACCCGUCACCGUCUCCCUACGCGACCUGCAGUCCAACGCCGUCCCCUUCAGCACCCUCCUCGAUGCGUUUGGCCCGGACAGCCUGGGCAUCCUCGUGGUGACGGACCUGCCGCCCACCUUCCCUCCGCUCCGGCAAAAGGUCCUCUCCAACGCCUCGCGCCUCGCGCACCUCCCUCCGCCGACUCUCCAAACUCUGACCAAGCCCAGUGCCAAGUAUCUCGUCGGGUGGAGCCACGGCGUGGAAACCCUGCGGCCGGGCGUGGUCGACACGGCCAAGGGGAGUUACUACAUGAACUGCGCGUUUUACAAGUCCCCCUCCCUGCAGUCCGCGGACGGGGCCAAGUUCCCGGGCUUCGAGGAGUACACGGCGCCGAACGUGUGGCCUGAAGAAGGGGACAUUCCGGAAUUCCAGAGCGACGCGGAAGAGCUGAUCCGGUUGAUCAUCGACACGGCCGUGCUGGUCGCGCGGGCGUGCGACCGCUUCGCCGAGCACGAGAUCGACGGGUACGAGGCCGGAUACCUUGAAAAGGUUGUCCGGGGAAGCGAGACGACCAAGGCCAGGCUGUUGCACUACUUCCCCACGGCGCAGCAGAGUGCGAAUGCGAACGCCAAGGCGAACGGGGAUGCCAACGGGGAUGCAACGAACGGGCACGUUUCUCCCUCAGUCAAGGAACAGGGGCAGAAGGAGGAAGAUGAUGGGCCUGAGAUCGACGACUCCUGGUGCACCACGCACCUCGACCACGGGUGCCUGACGGGCUUGACAUCGGCCAUGUUCCUCGACGAAUCCGCCUCCUCUCCCGGUGAUCAGAAUACAGAAGGGCAAGCACCCAACAGGGACGGUCAGUGCUACACGGAGCUACCUUCCUCCCCGGACCCGCAGUCCGGGCUGUACAUCCUCUCGCGCGCGGGCCAGAUCCACAAGGUCGGCAUCCCGCGCGCCGCGCUGGCCUUCCAGACCGGCGAGGCGCUGGAGCGCAUCACGCGCGGCCGGUUCAAGGCCGUCCCGCACUUCGUCAGGGGCGUGGACUCGCGCAACAGCGUCGCCCGCAACACCCUGGCCGUCUUCACGCAGCCGAAUCUGGACGAGCCCGUCGAUCUGGAGACGGGGCUGACCUUUGGCGAGUUCGCCAGGGGGGUCGUCGAGAGGAACACGGCUGGCUGAGAGCGGUGCGCGGAAUCAAUGGGUGUCAGGACCAUUGGACUUCUCAACAUGGGAAAAAGGAAGAAAUUGUGUCAAGAUAUAUGAUUCUCUGUAGAGCAAAAAUCAAUACCCGCUUUUGCUUUCUUGUCGAUAAACUCUGUCUGUUCAG